UAUAAAUUUGAUAAUCAGCGGCGUAAGAGUUUAUCGGCUGACUUUUGCUUCUUCAACCUCUAACACGACGUUCAACUAGGGUUCAGCGGCGAUUGUGAAUUCGGGAGCUAUCUUCCUUAGCGGAGAUAUUAGAAGGUAGCAAGCAUGUUGAACAGGCUUUUCGGGAAACCUAAGGAGCAGACGAAUGCCCUGGCUACUAUAGAGAAGUUGAAUGAGACUCUUGAGAUGCUGGAGAAAAAGGAAAAAGUUCUCAUGAAGAAGGCCGCUACAGAAGUUGAGAAGGCCAAGGAGUAUACAAAGGCAAAGAAUAAAAAAGCUGCCAUCCAAUGUUUGAAGCGAAAGAAACUUUAUGAGCAGCAAGUUGAACAGCUUGGGAAUUUCCAAUUACGGAUUCAUGAUCAGAUGAUUAUGCUAGAAGGUGCAAAAGCUACGACAGAGACUGUUGAUGCAUUGAGAACGGGAGCAGCAGCAAUGAAGGCCAUGCAGAAAGCAACUAAUAUUGAUGAUGUUGACAAAACUAUGGAUGAAAUCAAUGAGCAGACUGAGAACAUGAAGCAAAUUCAGGAAGCACUAGCUGCUCCAAUUGGAGCAGCUGCUGAUUUUGAUGAAGAUGAAUUGGAGGCUGAGCUUGAGGAGUUGGAAGGAGCUGACCUGGAGGAAAUGCUUCUUGAGCCAGCUACAACUGCUCCUGGUGCUUCUGUACACACUGUUCCUGCAGGCAGACAACAGAUUCGCCCUACAGCCCAGAAAAACACUGCUGAUGAAGACGAACUUGCUGCAUUACAAGCUGAAAUGGCUAUGUAAUCUGCUGGUUGGAAUCUUCAUUACUGGAUCGAAGGAAUAUUGUAAAAAUGAUGCGUAUCCUUUGUUAGAGAGCUGAGUUUAUUGUACGCAACGGGGGAUUAUGAUUAUCAGUCUGUAUACGUUUUAACACUUCUUUGUAAGGAUGCUUUGCAGAAGACAUCAACGAAAUAGCUUUCUGUAAAUUCAGGCGUUCUGUGUGUAUGAUAAUCUCAAUGUAAGUAAGAUCUGGCACUUUUCAAAGGCUAAUUAGUUCUUGCAUGGGAGCAAAUCCUUUUUAUUGAAUAAGUGGCCUCUUUUGUAUUGUUAAUUGUUUUUUUAAUAGAUGUGAACUGUUAUUGAAUGGGCA